AUACUCUCUCUUCCCAUGGCUAUUUAUUUAUCUCAGAUUUCUUCCUUUGACUAUCUAUUUGUACCUCCCUACCUCUCUUGAAUUAUCACUUCCUUUCUCGUCUCUCCUCCCUCACUGAUGGUCUCUCUUUCGCUCUCUGUGUUGGUGUAGAACGGGUACAACCAGGCCAAGCUGAGUAUGCAUGACCGGGCUCUGAAGGUGUCAGCGGUGGUAGAAAGUCUGGAGAGAGAGAUGGAGCUUCUGCGUUUGACUGGGGUUGAGGACCAACUACAGGCCAAUGUCCGGACAAUCCUGGAGCUCCUCAGCAAUGCUGGAAUCAAGAUAUGGAUGCUUACUGGGGACAAGCUGGAGACAGCUACUUGUAUCGCUAAAAGCUCCCAUUUGGUGUCCAGAAGUGAAGAUUGGUCUCCAACGGUGGAGAGGCCCAUCUGGAGCUCAAUGCCUUCAGAAGGAAACACGACUGUGCUCUGGUCAUCUCUAGAGACCCCUUGGCGGUACUACAACACAACACACUUCUCUCAAGAUGGUACUGUAGAUGCAGCCAAAAAUAUUCUGGUGUCAAAACUAAAACCUGUUGAGUCCAAAACCACAAAAAGAGCAACAAAGCACAUCAUCAAUUAUGAUUUUAUAAGCAAAACAAACUCCAUUUUAUCACCAUUGAUCUGAAGAGAUGGUACAGUAAGUUAUAUGUGAAUGUGCUUGUGGGU